AUGGCCAAACAUUCCAAUCUACCUCGAUUCCUCCGCAACUUCGCCUCGGAGGACAAGGAGAAUGAUAUUCGAUCUCGGAAUUUCGCCAAAAAAUUGGAUGCCGCUGACGAUUUGGCCUACUUACGAAACAAUUUUUAUGUGCCGAAAAUGGGAACUCUGCCGAAUGCAGACCCCAAAUUGGUGAAUCCCAAUGAAGACUCGAUUUAUUUGUGUGGAAAUUCGUUGGGAUUGCUGCCCAAAGCGACAAAGGGAUAUAUCGAUAGGCAAUUGGAGAAGUGGGCGCAAAUGUAAGCCUAAUACUAGUCGUUUCAGAAAGUGCGUAGACUUUUAGAGUGCAAUCCGAUUUUUGUUUGAAUUUUGCACACAUUUCGGGUUUAGGCCACUUUUCAAUUUUUGAAAAUUUUAGCUUAUACUUUGCAGGGAGCGGCCGAGAUGUUCAACAAUCUUUUACGGCCGAGAGAGUACGCAAAAUGCGGAGAAACGUCAGAGAAAAACUUUUUUGACCAUAUCGUUGUCAGUUUCAAAAGAAUUGAUUUUUUCUGGAAACAUUACACUCUACAGUCGAAAUACGUGCAUAUAUGUGUACUUCUUUUCAUGCCAAAAUUCACAAAAAGUGUUCACAUUUUCAAAAAACUUUUGACCUAAAAAUCUCGGUCGUUCCUGCAAAGCGCAAGCUAGGAAUCUCGCACAUGCCUUUGAAAAAAAAUUAUUAUAAAUUUGCCCCAAUUUCAUCAAGAUCUGAGCGUCGCACUUGCAGCACUUCCCUUGCAAUUCUAUAUUAUUUUUAAGGGGCGUGUUCGGCCAUCAUUCAGGCGAGCUACCCUGGAUAGACUGCGAUGAAUACCUUCACAAGGGCCUCCAGAAAAUUGUUGGCGCCGAGGAAGACGAAAUCGCCGCUAUGAAUGCGCUAACAGUCAAUUUGCAUCUUCUACUGACCGCUUUUUACACUCCAACCCAAAAACGAUUCAAGAUCUUGCUGGAAUCGCAAGCAUUCCCCUCGGAUCAUUAUGCAAUUGAAAGCCAGAUAAGGCUAAAAGGAUUUGAUCCAAAAACAGCAAUGGUCUGCUUGAAACCUAGAGAGGCAAGUUUUAAAAAAGCUUUCUAAAAGAGUCAGUGCCAGUCUGUCGGGAAAAUAAUGAGCAAAAGUCGUUGCGCCGAUCCUAUCGCUGAAGUGAAAAGCAAUUUGAUUUUGCCGCGAAACUAUUAAUUUUCUCGGCGGCGAUGCGAUUUUCGAUGCGACAGAAUGCUCAUUAUUUUCCCGACAGACUGAUAGUAAAUAGUACAUUUGUGCAAUCUUCAAACCAUUUUCAGGGAGAGCAGACCCUCCGAACCGAAGACAUCCUCUCGUAUCUCGACCAAGACGGUGAUUCCAUCUCCCUGGUCAUGUUCAGCGGUGUGCAAUAUUACACGGGACAGCUGUUUGAAAUCGAAAAAAUCACAAGUUUCGCCCAAUCCAAAGGCUGCGUGGUUGGAUGGGACCUGGCCCAUGCGUUCGCCAAUGUCCCGUUGGAACUGCACAAAUGGAAUGUGGAUUUUGCUUGCUGGUGCAGCUACAAAUAUGGCUGCGCGUCGGCGGGCGGGCUGGCCGGGAUUUUCGUUCAUAAUCGCCAUAAAAGCGAUAAAAGAGAGCGAAUGCUGGGAUGGUGGUCUCAUGACUCAAAAACACGAUUCCGAAUGACCAAUCAGCUGGAGCUGGCGGACGGAGCGGCUGGAUAUCGGAUCAGCAACCCGCCAAUUAUGCUGGUCUGCGCGGUCAUGGGAUUCUUGAAGGUGAGAGGAGUGUAUAGUAGAGUUUUUUUGGGGGUUCAUAAAAAGAACAAAAUUUAGAGAGCUAAUAUCAGUCUGUCGAGAAAAUAGUGGGCACUCUGUCGCAUCAAAAAUCGCAUCACCGCCGAAAAAAUGAAUUGUGUCGCGGCAAAAUCCACUUAAUUUUCACUUCAGCAACAGAGUGCUCAUUAUUUUCCCGACAGAGUGAGUAGAGGAGUUUUUGGAGCGCCCGAAAAGAACAAAAUUUACAAAAGAAGUACCCAAGUGCGACGCUCAGAUUUUCUUUGAAUUUUGCACACAUUUCGGGCAUGGGCCACAUGGCAAUUUCUGAAUAUUUUAGCUCGCCCUUUGCAAGGAGAUCCGAGAUUUUCAACGAUUUUUGCGGCCGAGAGAGUAUGCCAAAUGCGGAGUAAAGUCAGAGAAAAACUCUGUUUGCCCUAUCUUUGCCAGUUUUGUGCGGAAAAAAUUGAUUAUUUGUGGAAAAAUUGCCCUCUACAAUAUAAAUAGGCAGAAAACUUUUAUUCGACGAUCUUUGCGACAGAGAGAGUUGGGGUCACCGCAUACUCGGUCUCUCCCGCUCUUCGCGUUUCACGUGCUCUCUCGUUUGCAAUGAUCGUUGAGUUUCUUGGCUACUCCUGCAAGAAAGGUGCUAAGAUUUUUCCGUAGCUGAUAUGUGACCUUAAAACGUUACGUGGGCAGAAAUUGAGGUAAAUCGACUGGUCGAUUUUUGAAAAAUUACACUAAUUUUUGACCAAAACCCCAUUAAAAUUCAAGUUUUGGCUACAAAACAACCGUUAAUUUGAUUACAACAUGAUCAUAUAGCAUAUAACUCGACCAUUUCCAGGCAAUCGAAUCCACAGACAUGCGGCAACUCCGUGAAAAAUCCCUCAAACUUACCGGAUAUCUUGAGUACCUCAUCGACGAACAUUUCUCAUCAGCCGACGUAACCAACGCUGCCCGCAAAAUCCAGAUAUCGCUGAUAACGCCCAGAGACCCAGAGCAGCGGGGAUGCCAACUGUCGCUGCAAUUUAACUGCGAUAUCGCGCUGAUUUUCGAAGAACUCGUGAAACGAGGCUGCGCCGUGGACAAAAGAUACCCGAACGUCAUCAGGGUGGCGCCAGUUCACAUGUACAACUCGUUCGAGGACUGCUGGAGAUUCGUUGAGGCGCUGAAGGAGUCGAUACAGGCGCUAAGUGAAAAGAGGUUGCUGAAUGUAAAAUAA